AUGUAUACAAUUUUCGGCCCGGUAAACAUGGCUACGGACCUCGAAGUACCCACCGAGGCGCCACCGCGGCAUACCUCUCCAUCCGUCAGUGACAGCAGCGAUGACGAUGACGCAGAUGACAGCGGAGGCGGCGCGUCGGCCGUGGACUCGCAGGUGGAAUGGCUAGCCACUGGCCGAGCGCGCAGAUCUACGGCCGGCAACCGCAUGAAGAGCAUGAUCGCGCAGGAGGCGGCGGCAGCCGGCGUCGGCGGCGACGAGGGCGACUCGGACCUCGAGCUCCUGUUUGCCGAAGCGGACGACGACGAGGGCUUCAGCGACAACGUCGACCGAGACGACGGCUCCGACGCGCAGAUGGACUCGAGCUCUGACGACGAUGACGACGCCAAGGAGGGCGACGACGACCUCGAGGGCGAGAAGGAGCUGGAGAGAAUCGCAAAGGAGAAGCGCGCGGCUGCAAAGAAGCGAAAGGCACAGCAGGCCAUACCGGCAAAGUUUCGCAAGCGCGUGCGUAUAGAAAGUACCCCGUCGACUCGCGCCGGUUCUGAGCCGGCGGCGCAGUCGUCAUCGCAUCAUCUGCCUAGGCGGCAGGUCGUCCCCGCACCUCCUCCGCGGCCCAAGAAGAAGAGCGAGCGGACGAGCUGGCUUCCAAGUGCGUCUGAUAUGCCAACGCGAGCAUCGGAGCGGUCGACGACACGGAUGAGCAAAGAGCAGCUGCACCAGCAAAUGGUGGAGAGAGAAGUCAGGCGGAAGAAGCAACUGGAGCAGCAGGAGAAGAAAGCGAAGCGGCUUGAGUUGCUGAAGAAGCCUCCCAUGACGCAGGCCGAUAGGCUACGCGAGGCGGAGCUAGUGGAGAAACGCAACUCGAAGAGCCUGAAUAGAUGGGAAGAGGCCGAGAAGCAACGAGAGGAGGAACGGGAACGCAAGCUGGCUGCGCUAUACAAUCGAACCUUGGAAGGCCCUGUGGUCACAUUCUGGACCGGCAUUAUGGAACUUAGCGAGGGACAGAUGAAAAAUGUGGGCAGGAUGGUUGCGAUGGAGGAGAAGGCGCCACGGAGGAAGAAGCAGCCUGCUCCCGUGGUCCCGGCUGCAAGCAUCUCCACAUCCACGGAGAAGGACCCGGCUGCAGCCCCCAGUGCCACAGUGCCCGGAGCCGCCCCGACCAAGGUUGCAACUGACCAGGAGAUGAAAGAUGCACCACCCCCGGUGGCAGCCGACCAAACCGAAUCCACCGAAAAACCGAUCUCAACGCCAGCGCUGGCGGCUCCUGCUUUCCACCAGGCUGUUUUCCAACCAAUUGACCUUCCAACAGAAAAGGUGCCUGCAGAGGUUGCAACAGCAGCCCCUCCAAGUAGCGUGCUCGCCCCUCCUGUAAGCAUGAUGGCGCCUCCAAUGAUGGGUGCUGUCCAAGGUCCGAUACAGAUGCCGAGCCUAUCGACUACGACUAAUUCAGGGGCCAUGUCUAACGUCCUCGCUCCUCCAAAUCCUUUGCAAGGGGAAGCAUCUUUGGUGCCUCCUACCUUGACUACCACGGUCAAAGAAUCCGUGCCUAAAGAGACAGACACCGCAAGUACAAAGUCACAACCAACGCUACCGCCACCACAAUUACCCCCAAAAUCUCCCUCGCAGGACCUAACGACGACAUCCACCCAAAAGUCGGCACCAGAUCCAUCACCACCAAAUGAUCAAGGUGCAACUGCGUCCAAGACGGAACCGGAGCCAAGUGUCAAUGGGAGGGUUACCCGGAGCUGCAUUGUACUGCAGAACUUUGACGAAGAAGCCAUCAAGGAUAAGACGGUCCAAACUCAAAUACUGUUCGGGCGGAAGUUUACCAAGCUUGCCAAGCCUGGCCAUGCUCCUCACUGCGUUAUUACGAACCAUGUGGCAAAGUACAGGGAUCCUAAGACGGGUCUGCCAUUCGCCAACAUGAACGCGUACAAGGAGAUCCGGCGGCUGACCGAGGGCGAGUACAAAUGGAGUAGCAUUCUGGGGACAUGGGCAGGUACUGGAGAACUCGCCGCCAAAGGUGUGCCAAACCGCUUUCUUCACGGCGGGCCAAAAGAAGAGAGCCCACCACCCGUAAUCCCUGAAACCAUACCCGACAGUAACUUGCCAGCGGUGCCACCCAGUUCUGCAGAAUCAAAGGUCUUGCUCGCAACCCCUGCACAAGCAUCUAAGCAAGCCCCAAAUAUACCACCUGCCCAUGGAUCAGUACCACGGGCGAUACCUGCGCAAGCCCCUGUGCCUUCUGUUGUCAACCCUUCUUCAAGUGGUCAUUUAGCUACCACUAGCACUGGUACUUCUCACAUGGGUGUCAACGCCCAAACUGUACCUCCUCUGCGACCUGUCUCGUCGACCCCGACGACAAAAAUCGAUACAUCGACUGGAAAGGCUCCGCCAAAAAUCACUCCUCAACCUGGAUUGGCUACUAGUGUGCCUGUGCCCACUCCAGCACCAAAACCUCCGUUUAUAUCAACACCAGAUGCGAGCGCAGCACCAAAGCCUCAGCUUCCACCAACACCAACUGUGACCGCAACACCACCUAUGCCUGCUGCGAACCCAGUCCCGAAACAGCCCGAGCCAAGCCCAAAUCCGAUGCCUGCUGCUCCCACUCCAGCGACCGGCCCAGAUGCAGUGCCUUCUAGUCAAUCUUGAUGACAGCGGGCGUGCUCGGAUAUGGGCGAAUCGUCUACUACUUUUCAACCACGAAGACUAGGUCUAGUCUCUAUGUACUCAUCAUUCCUCUGCAAGGGAUAUUAUUUGAUUCCAGGACAACUUGUUCAAGACUUUGAAUAUAUUAGCUAAUACCCAGUUCUGUUUAAGUAUCGCUGGGCAGGCUACUCUCCUCUGCAAUUCUUGAACUGAUUGGGUAGGUGUCAACAUGUACAGUAUACAAGGCAGCUUCUGCUAGCCUUUGUAAAAGGAAGGCGGAAAAAAAGAAGAAAGCGUUUUCAAUGGGCAUGUUCAAUGGGGAGCAUCGUUUUGUAUAUCCUUCACAAGCAACUCAACUAGGGGAAGCGUAGAAUUGUGUUCCCUGUCGGCCAUUAUCGUGGUGUCUUUGAGGCG